AUGAAAGAGAAAUUGAGAUCCGGUCAUAAGGUAGUAAACAGAGCUACUGGAACAAGUUGGUCUAGUCGUUAUAAUGUAUGUUUUGCUUUCAUAAAUUGUUGUAAAGAAUUUAUGGAAAUAUUGAAUAAUGUAGAAAAUAAUCCUGAAAAAACCUUAAAUCGUAGAAAAGCUGGUUUGAAAAACAACCUAAAAAAAUUCGAGUUGGUCUUCAUGGCCGUAUUUUGGACUUCUUUGUUAGAACGAUUUAAUAAAACAAGCAACAUUUUGCAAUCAACAUCAGCUAACUUAGAAGAUGUCUGUACAAAUUUUUAA